AUGAAGAAAUUAGAAAAGUCACCUAAACUAGAGAAUGGGGCUUUACGUCCAGUGAUCCCUUUCAGAGAACAGUUUCCCGACUCUUUAUCUUCACUGCGCAAGCGCGAAGCCUUUCCUUUUCCGGCAGCAGCCAUGGCGGGCGAAGAAGCCAAGAAGAAGGUGCCUUCAAUUCCAGAAAGCCUAUUGAAGAAAAGAAAGGCUUUUGCUGAUUUAAAGGCUAAACGUCUGAAAAGGCUUCUAGUCCAAAAGAAGAUGAGAAAGGAGGAACGAAAACUCAUCUACAAAAGAGCACAAACCUAUCACAAAGAGUACAGACAGAUGUACCGACGUGAGAUUCGCAUGGCCCGAAUGGCCCGCAAGGCUGGUAAUUACUACGUACCUGCUGAACCCAAACUAGCAUUUGUGAUCAGGAUCAGAGGAAUUAAUGGCGUUAGCCCCAAGGUUCGCAAGGUACUGCAGCUCCUUCGCUUGCGUCAAAUUUUCAAUGGCACAUUUGUGAAACUCAACAAAGCAUCCAUUAAUAUGCUGAGGAUUGUUGAACCUUACAUUGCAUGGGGUUAUCCCAACUUGAAAUCUGUGCAUGAGCUGAUCUACAAACGUGGUUAUGGGAAGAUCAACAAGCAGCGCAUUGCUUUGACAGAUAACUCUCUGAUCAAAAAAUGCUUGAAAAAGUAUGGUAUCAUUUGCAUGGAGGAUCUGAUCCAUGAAAUUUACACUGUUGGCAAAAACUUCAAAGCAGCAAACAACUUCCUCUGGCCAUUCAAGUUGUCUUCUCCACGAGGUGGAAUGAAGAAGAAAACUACUCACUUCGUAGAAGGAGGUGAUGCAGGAAACAGAGAAGAUCAAAUUAACAGGCUCAUAAGGAGGAUGAAUUAAUGGUUCCCAGAAGAUGACUUCUCUAACUAUUCUUAAUAAAAACCAGAAAUUCUGUUCAA